UUUCUUCACUUAGUUUCUCUCCCAGUUGCCCAGUGAGACAGUUCGGUCUCAGCACCUCAAACGGUUCUUUAAAGCCACAAGCCAACCAAGCAGUCAACCAGCCAUGAGCAAGUCCUACUCCUCUUCAGCACAGAGUGCCUCUUCAUACCGCCGUACCUUCGGCUCUGGUGUUGGUUCUUCACCAUCCUUAUUCUCCUCUUUAGGAGGAGGUCGGAGCGCCUCUUCCAGCCACAUGUCAUCCAGAGUCUACGAAGUCAAGAGCAUGGGUGCUCCAUCCUACUCCAGCUUCAGAGCAUCUUCUGGCGCUGGGGGUGGAGUGUUUGGCUCCUCUACAGCUAUGCGCACCUAUGCCGGCGAGAAGCUCGACUUUAACCUUGCAGAUGCAAUGAAUCAAGACUUCCUCAACACAAGGACCAACGAGAAGGCCGAGCUGCAGCACCUCAAUGACCGUUUCGCCAGCUACAUCGAAAAGGUGCGCUUCCUGGAGCAGCAGAAUGCAGCACUGACUGUGGAGAUUGAGAAGCUGAGGGUCCGUGAAGGGCCAGGGCGCGUGGCUGAGAUGUAUGAGGAGGAAAUGAGGGAGCUGAGGAGGCAGAUAGAAGCCCUGUCCAACCAACGUGCCAGGGUGGAAGUGGAGAGAGACAACCUUGCUGAUGAUCUGCAGAAAAUUAAGCUCAGGCUGCAAGAAGAGAUUCACCAGAAGGAAGAGGCUGAGAACAACCUGUCUGCUUUCAGAGCCGAUGUUGACAGUGCUACUUUGGCCAGGCUGGACCUGGAGAGACGCAUUGAAAGCCUUCAAGAGGAGAUUGCCUUCCUCAAGAAGAUCCAUGAAGAGGAAAUCAGAGAGCUACAGAGCCAGAUGCAGGACACCCAGGUGCAGAUCCAGAUGGACAUGUCUAAACCUGACCUGACUGCUGCUCUGAGGGACAUCCGCAUGCAGUAUGAAGCCAUUGCUGCGAAGAACAUCUCAGAGGCUGAAGAGUGGUACAAAUCCAAGGUGUCUGAUCUGAACCAGGCAGUGAACAAGAAUAAUGAUGCCCUGCGUCAGUCUAAGCAGGAGAGCAUGGAGUACAGGCACCAGAUCCAGUCCUACACCUGCGAGAUCGACUCUCUCAAGGGCACCAAUGAAUCUCUGCUGCGCCAGAUGAGAGAUAUGGAGGAUCGCAUGGCCCGCGAGGCCUCUGGUUACCAGGAUACCAUUUCACGACUGGAGGAAGACAUUGCUAAAAUGAAGGAUGACAUGGCUCGCCACCUGAGAGAGUACCAGGAUCUUCUCAAUGUGAAGAUGGCUCUUGAUAUUGAAAUAGCCACCUACCGCAAGCUGCUGGAGGGAGAGGAGAGCAGGAUCACCACCACUAUGCCAGUGCAGUCUGCCUAUUCCUCCAUUGGAUUCAGAGAAACCAGUCCUGAGUCCCAGCAUCAGCGCUCAUCAGAGGUUCACUCCAAGAAGACUGUUCUCAUCAAGACCAUCGAGACCCGCGAUGGAGAGGUUGUCAGUGAAUCCACACAGCACCAGCAAGACAUCAUGUAAAGCAGCAACAUGAAAGAAAUAACCACAAUAAACAGAACAGACACCUCAGAAAGUUUGCUACCACUACUAUCAGAAUGUAUAAUCUGACUCUGCAACAACAUACAGAAUGUAAACUCUGUUUAUAUGUAUGUAAAUACAGACCACAGUACACAUCACAGUGUAGAUGCAGGCACAAUGCCUUUAGACUGGUUUUAAAUCAGGGGCAUUCCAGGAAUUUAUUUUUUAUUCAUGUUACUUGCCAUUUGAGAAAGGCACUAGAAUAUGUUACAUCUUGCCUGCAAAAACAAUUCACUUUGCAAGAGCAGCAUUUUAAAUCUAACAAGACCUGAACUACUGAAAUGAUCCUCUGUCAAGAUGGAAGUUUGUGAGGUUCAAAACAGAUCAAUAAGCCUCAGAUACUAUGGUCAAAAGUAAAGUUAAAAUGGUAAAUUUCUCUGCAGGUAUUUCAAGAUUUGUUUGGGCAAAUGUGCAUAUAGUUGAUAGAUGGGCUGUUACUGAUAUAAGGAAUGUAUAAAGUUGGAUUCAGAAACAAACGCUGAAAGAAAAGGACAGUCGGUCAUGUUUCUAUGUGCAUGAGGUCUUUAAGAUGUGCUGGGUGUCUGUAUGUGUGUGAGUAACCUUUGUAUGCUGUUCCACUGUGACAAAAACAUCAAAUAAACCUCCUUUACUAAAAAUGCCACUUGAAAGUACAAGAAUUUAUUCAGAUUCUCUAACAACAACAACAAACAAGAUAACAUGAAGUUAAUUUUCUGUCUUUACUUUUCCCAUAAGUCAAGACAAUUGAGUUCUGUUACUUUACACACUAUCAGUUAAAAGUUUCACACACUUUCCCACAGGAUUUAUUAGAAAAGUGUGUCCAAACUUUUUACUGGUAGUGUACAUUACUGGGCCUGUCUUUAUCAACUCCCACUAUGAACCCCAAAGAUAUUAGUUUCUUGGCCAAGCAUAACACUCCUCUGUCAACAUUUUAUUUCCUUUCAAGCAGAGAAAACAAAAGUUGAAAUCAUCAGUACACAGGCUGAUUUUAGUGCAAGGAAAAGUGAACAAUGGGUUGUUAAUGAGUUGUCCCUGGUUAUGUUUUGUUUCCAACAGAAAGCAGAUUAGAAGAGCAACGAGACACACAGUGUGAGCUGUUUGUUUCUGAAGCCAUUGACUGAAAAUGUCAGCAGAGAUGAAAAACGGGAGCGAAGAAACAGACAAUAAAUGAGCAUGCAACAGUAAGCAAGAUAGAAAGGGGGCACAGUGAACCACCAAGAGAAAAGAAGAAGACAGAUGUAAUGAAAAGGUUAUCUGGGCAUAAAGGCACAAGAGAAAGAUUUAGAGAGAUAAUUACACAGUAAAUAAAGUGAAACAGGGAGAGGGAUUGUGACUGAUGUUUCAGUAAUUAGUAGAGACAUGUUGCUUGGAACCUUCUGCUCUCAUCACAUUCUCUUUGCAGCUUGUGUCAAAGGGAACAGCAUCCCAGUCAUUAUGCAGUCGAUCAUAAGCAAAGGGCAGCACAUUCCUCUGUUUCUUCUCCUUUAAAUGAGCUUACUUCUGUGAUCUCUUCUUACAUGUGGCUCCCUGUUUGGAAUGCUGGAAGGCUUUUCUAAGGGAAGUUUAUAAUGAUUACAUCCUGAUCACAUCAACACUUAGCAGACUACGUUUCCAACUUUUAUGAUUUGUUGUAACA